UAGUUUUACAGUGAUCGUUCAAUAGAAGAAGAAACGCUGUGUUUUCCGGACCAACUUGUUUAGCAUGGUUAAAGUUUACUUUCUCCAACUGUCACUCAGUUCUCAAGAAGAUCGUAUUUCUCUGACAUUAAUGCCUGUUGGACGUCAUUGCACUUGUAUUACCAUGCACGCUUUUGUGCGGUCUAUCACCGAAACAAGGAGCAGCUAAUGUUAAUUCAUUAUGCCUCUCGUCCCUGCAAACCAAGCUCAGCUCAUACGCUCCAGUCAGAAGGACGAAUAUUACCAAACCUUUCUUAGAAACAACGCAAACGAGGCUUUUCAGACCGUUGCUGGAUCCAAGAGAUGGCUCGACUGGAGAAAGGAGAUAGAGCUGCUGUCGGACCUUGCCUACUUUGGUUUAUCCACAUUUUCAGGCUACCAAACCCUGGGAGAAGAGUAUGUCAACAUCAUCCAACUUGAUCCCACUAAACGCAAGAUUCCGUCGCGGGCCAGACGCGCCGCCCUGAUCCUUUGCCACACAUUUGUACCCUACCUCCUGGACAAACUCCUGGUGUGUCUGGAGAAUGAGCUGCAGGCCGACGAGGACGACCACCGACGAGAGAGAGGGAGGCGACGGCAAGGUCCCGAAAGCUGGUGGAGCCCUGGGUACCGGCUGAGGGAGUGGGUGAGGGGGGCUGUCGGCCUGCUCUCUGCGCCCCAGAGGAAGGCCUGCGUACCGGCUGUGUUCGCCGUCCAGCAGGGUCUGGCGCUGCUGCGUAGGUUCCACGCUGCUCUGUUCUACCUCACCGGCACCUUCUACCACCUGUCCAAAAGGACAGCCGGUGUGAGCUAUCUCCGUGUGAUGGGGGUGGGCGAGGAUGACCAGGCAGUCCGGAACAGCUACAGGCUCCUGGGGGCCGUGUCCCUACUCCAGCUGGCCAUCACGCUCACCCUGCAGUUCAACAACUACAGGCACCGACAGAGAGCCAGACAGGAGUGGAAACUCUACCGCAGUCUGGAACCCAGCUGCAGUCCCCAGCGGGUGGGAGCUCCGCCUGCCCGCACGGCGGCCAAGUGCAUCCUGUGCCUGGAGGCCCGGAGGCACACCACCUCCACGCCCUGCGGACACCUCUUCUGCUGGGAGUGCAUCACGGAGUGGUGCAACACCAAGGCUGAGUGCCCCCUUUGCAGAGAGAAGUUCCCCCCACAGCGGCUGAUCUAUCUCAGGAACUAUGAUUAGGUGGAAAGGAAUAAACCCUGAAGACGGUUCCUCCAAAAGGAUUUAUUUUGGACUACUUUGAAGAGCUCUGAUGUAAAAAUGACGAUUCUGUUGAUGAAUAAGAAGCUGCUCACUGGACCACUGCUUCCGACCUUACAAGUUGAACGAUGCGUGCCCUUUUACUGAUUUAAAUGUUAAUUAUCAAAACCACUCUGUUGGUGUGUCCUCAAAAGUAUUGGAUUGUAUCAGUCUGUCAUUAAUUUUAGUACUUUUAAUCAAAGUAACCUGAACUGGUAAAUAACGUGUGGAAUAAAUUGUUUAUCCUGUUGGGUUCAUUGUUAUUAUACAUCCAUGGUUUGGA